GCAGAAUCUGCUUCGCUGCCGGCAUGUUUCUGAACAUGGUCCUCGGACCAGUUCUUGAUGUAUCGGGCUAUGCCUUUGCGCCAGCCUCGGUCAGUGCACCGUCCACCGGCUUGAACAUCAUCAUCAGCACGAUGCCGCUUGGCCAACCCCCUCCCGGAGCGACAACCGAACCGUACUCCUUUGCGCAAGUUCCUCAAAACAGCUUGGGUCAGGAUCGCACCUCUCACACUCGGCGAACAGCUGACGCGCUGUCGUCACACCGGCAUCCUGAUCGUGUUCGUGAGUGCAAUCUGUCCGUGGUCUUCAAAGACGCGCAAACAGAGCAAUGGACACUGGAGCGAAGUCAGGAUGCCUUACUUCGAUGGCGCAGUCUAGCGUACUUCCUGACUUUCACCUUGUGGAUAGUUUUAAAUUUGCGAGCGCUUGCACACUUUCCGGACGGCUCCGCAGUGCGGGGCUUCUCCCUUGGAGCGAUCUCUGGAUCGCUCGCAGGCAACAUGUGGUGCACCCGUUUGGGUGCAGUCUUUGCGAAAGAGUGUUUCACGGGCACCUGUGCCCGAACUUGGAGCAACUGGCUCCCGUGGGCAAUUGCGCUGGAGCCCUAUUCUUCGCCAUUACAAGCGUGCCCGACAUGGCAAGAUGCAUCCGCCAGUAUGAGGCUCUCUUCAUGCUCACAACCUUCCAAGGCUCGAGCAUCCUGUUAA